ACUCUAUCUGACACUUUAGCCAUGCCCGAGGAUCGUAUAAUUGCAUACAAGCGUAGCAGCGUUUCGAAUAUUUGACAAGGCGUGUCCAUUACAUGAAAAAUUAGUACGAAACGUUUGCGUACUCUUUCAAGUAUGCGAGUGCGAUAAGUGAGUUUAUUUCUCUGAAUACGUAAGGAGUAAACACAGAUACAUAUCAUUAAUCACAUAACGUACUAUAAGGAGAUUGUGUAACUGAUUACCUGUUCAACGUCUCCAUAAUCUCGUCAAGAUGCAUUAUGGAAAGAAGUCUCCCAGCAUGGGAACGCCGUCUGUGUAUUCCCAUGUAACCACCACUCGCAGCAGUGCAAAUCUCAGAUCAUCGAGGUCCGCUCGCAGUGUAAAAAUUCCUUGGUAUCAAAAGCAUAGAGUGACGCAUGCUUUUAUACUUGACAUUCAAAGGGGUGCUAUGUUCACCGCUAUAUUCUCAUCGUGCCUGGCCUUUUUCACGAUAUGUACAGCUAUUUUUGAUAUCUACUGUCUCUCACAAGCUGCGCCUGGCUCCACACACUAUGGAUAUUACAUCAUAUCAUAUGAAUUUGUCUAUGUGGGCAGUCAACAUGUUCGAAAUGCUCUAAUCGUAUUUGCAUUGUUCUCCAUGUUGGGUGGAAUAGUCGUCUUUGUGACUUCUUUAAUGUUGAUCACAGCUCUGCGGAAAGAACAUGAAAAGAAAAUGGUGCCAUGGCUGUAUAGUUUUGCCAUUUUCACUCUUUUCCGACUAUUUGCUUUUAUAUUCUUCAGCAUUGUAAACGACAUGAUAUUUGCCUACAAUAUCAUGAUGUGUCUUCUAUGGAUAGUAUUUAUCUGCAUUUCUGCAUAUGGUUGGCUUAUUGUAUAUUCUCUAUAUCUCGAAUUAAGCGAUCUAACAAGAUUAGAAGAUCUGGCUCAUCUGCGGAUUGGUACAAUGCAGUCUUUAAAUGCAUCAACGACACAUUCUAUUGCUGGUUCUCGACCUACAACGCCUCAUAGCGCAGUAUCAACUAUGCCCGUUAAUUAAUACAUGAGACAUAGUUUUAUAUACAGUAGAUGAAAAAGGUAUUUAUAUAUUUUUUUUUAGAUAAUUUUUUACAAAGAAAAAAAAUAUUGUUAUUUCUCUUUUUUUUUU